AUUAAGAUGAAAACCGGUGGCUUCAAGUUUCAAGUUUGCCGAGGACUUUGCGACUACUCCCGUGUAUUAUUCAGUACACUCCGGGAGAGAUCGAUAAACACCCACCACGUGACGUCACGCCCCCACAGAUACCGAGUCCUGAGGCAUAUGGACAAUCGUGUUUUUACGAUUUUAUUACGACGAUGGGAUAAAGGAGCGCUACCUUGGAGCUUUCCACUCAGUCACACGAAGCCGCACAGAUCUCGUCUUCAACCCUCGUUCACUCCCUCAUUUCCAACCCCUCGUGUGGCCCAGACACGCAUGCGCCAGGGGGUGAGACUCAGAAAAUACGAAAAAUGGGCUUUUCAGAAAUACAUUGGGGCUAUUCCCUGAGAUUGACAUUCUGAGGGAGUGAUGAGUAUUCCUUUGUAUUAGCAGGACGAAGG